AAAAUAUUUUUGUUUUUUUCUGAAUUUUGUUAUUAUUUGAAAUCUCACCGGAGAGUUUUCGAAAAGAAAAAUCUUAAACACACACAUAUCUACAUUCUAUAAUCAGAAUUUUAUCAGAAAAUUUUAAAUAAUCACCAAAAUAGUAAAAUUAUAAAAUAUUGAAAUAAAAUUAAUUUUUGAAAUUAAAAUUUAAUAAAAAUAAAAAAUAAUAAAAAUAAAUAGCAACUUUUCUAUAAAGUACGCGGUAAAAAAAAAUAAAUUUAAUCUAUGCAAUCGUUUACAAAUAAGUGAAAUAAAGAUUAACGAAAUAAAAACCAGUUUUAAAGAAACUGUAUAAGAAUUAAUAUACAUACAUGUUCACACAUGUUGAUGUAGAUAUUCGUAUAUAUACUUGUGUCACAUGUCAAUAGUGCACAUUAUACAUCAAACUUGAAUUUAAUUUUUUUUUGUGAAAAAUUCAAUAAAAUACGCGGUGGUACUCAAUAGAAAAAUAAGUUUAUAAGGAAAUCAAGAAAUAAAAAUAAAUGUAAAAAAAUAAAAUAAAACAAAAAAAAUUGUUAAAUGCAAUAAAAUAACACUUUCGUAUUAUUUUCUGUUUAAUAAAAAAAAAAUUAUUAAAAAAAAUAAAAAUAUAUUUUAUACAAACACACACGUACGUACAUAUUUGUGCUUUAGCAAUACUUGUAAGUUUGUAAUAAAAAACAAAAAAAAAAACAAGUAAAAAUACCGCAACUGCAGCGCCAACUAUGAUGUCAGUUUAACAUUUAAUUGGUUUAUAACAAUUAAUUUAUUAGUACCGUUUAGUUAAAAAAGAAGAAAAGAGAACAAACAUAGAGUAACAGUAAAAAUUGAAAAUUUUCAAAAAACUUAAAAUUUUUUAAUUUUCUCAGAAAAAAAAAAGAAUAUUUUUUUUUUAAAAGAAAUAUUAAAAAAUUUUGAAAAAAAAAAAUUUAAGAUCAAAGACGCGUCACUUUAAUUUUUGUAAUUAAAACAAUCAAAAACAAAAUUUUUGUAAUUUAUUUUUCUUUUGUGAAACGGGUAAAAUAAAAAUUUUUCAAAAUUUUUUUAACCGCGUGCCAAGAAAACAGCUUCAAUCUGCGUUCAGACGAACCAGUGCCGGGCUUUAGCUCGGCAUCACCAUGGCCCACAUUAGAAUUAGAAUGGGGCAGAAAAUUAUAUCCAUCUGGUGGUCCACGUGCAGCUGGUGGUCUUAUGUUUGGAUUACCAACUGGUACAGAUUUAAAUCAACCACGUGGACCGAUGACAUCAUUAAAAGAGGAACCAUUAGGUGCUAGAGCAUGGAUGCAACCACCUGAUCAAACAAAUUGCGGUGUUGGUCGGGCACAUUUUGAAAAACAACCACCAAGUAAUUUACGUAAAUCAAAUUUUUUUCAUUUUGUAAUUGCAUUAUAUGAUCGUGCCGGUCAACCAAUUGAAAUUGAACGUACAGCAUUUAUUGGUUUCAUUGAAAAAGAUCAAGAACCAGAUGGACCUAAAACAAAUAAUGGUAUUCAAUAUCGAUUACAGUUAUUAUAUGCAAAUGGUGCUAGACAAGAACAAGAUAUAUUCGUACGACUUAUCGAUUCGGUGACCAAACAGGCAAUCAUCUAUGAAGGGCAAGAUAAAAAUCCAGAAAUGUGUAGAGUUUUAUUAACUCAUGAAGUGAUGUGCAGUCGAUGUUGUGAUAAAAAAAGCUGUGGUAACCGAAAUGAAACUCCCUCAGAUCCUGUCAUCAUCGAUCGAUUUUUCCUGAAAUUUUUCUUAAAAUGUAAUCAAAAUUGUUUAAAAAAUGCAGGAAAUCCACGUGAUAUGAGAAGAUUUCAGGUUGUGAUAGCAACACAAGUUAGUGUUGAAGGACCAUUAUUAGCUAUAUCUGAUAAUAUGUUUGUUCAUAAUAAUUCAAAACAUGGUAGACGAGCAAAACGUUUGGAUGCAACGGAAGGUACUGGAAAUUCUCCUUUGUCCAUAACGGGUCAUCCCCUUGCACCUGACAGUACUUACGACGGUUUAUAUCCACCACUUCCAGUUGCAACACCUUGUAUUAAAGCGAUAUCACCUAGUGAAGGUUGGACAACUGGUGGAGCUACAGUUAUUAUUGUUGGUGAUAAUUUUUUUGAUGGCCUUCAAGUUGUAUUUGGUACAAUGUUAGUAUGGAGUGAACUUUUAACAUCACAUGCAAUUAGAGUUCAAACACCACCACGACAUAUACCUGGUGUUGUAGAAGUAACAUUAUCAUAUAAAAGUAAACAAUUUUGUAAAGGAUCCCCCGGACGAUUUGUAUACGUUUCAUUAAAUGAACCAACAAUAGAUUAUGGUUUUCAAAGAUUACAAAAAUUAAUACCAAGACAUCCUGGUGAUCCAGAAAAAUUACAAAAAGAAAUUAUACUUAAACGUGCUGCUGAUUUAGUUGAAGCUUUAUAUUCUAUGCCAAGAUCACCGAGUGGAACAUCUAGUUUUAAUGCAUAUACAGGACAAUUAGCUGUUAGUGUUCAAGAUGGCACCGGUCAAUGGACUGAAGAUGAAUAUCAAAGAAAUCAAAGUAGUAGUGUUAGUCCAAGAGGUGGUUAUUGUAGUAGUGCAUCAACACCACAUUCAUCUGGUGGAUCUUACGGUACAACAGCAAAUGGUUAUGGUUCAACUGCUAAUAUGGGUACAUUAUCAUCAUCACCUGGAAGUGUUUUCAAUUCAACGUCGAGAGUUGGCAGUCUUGCUUUUAAUCCUUUCGCUUUACCAACUUGCAGUACACAAGGUUAUAAUGCUAGUACGCUGGUAACAUCAUCAAAAUAAUAUUUUGACUAGUCCUCAGAUUAUAUGCCGAAUGAUGAAUUAUAGAAUGAAUUAUAGAAAUUAAUUGAAAUUUACAAAAAUUUUUUUUUUAAUAAAUUUUUUAUUUGUAAAAUUAUUAUUCAAAAAACAAAGACAUAUCAU